CUGGGCUGGGACAGGGAGUUGCCGUGCAGGAAGGAGCGGGAGAGGGGACUUGGGGUGGUGGGUGUGGGCUCUGGGAGGGGGUUUGAGGUACAGCAGGCAGGCUGCCCCAGGAUUUGGAUGUGGGGGCAAAGAGGACUCCCUUCUCUCCACCAGCAGCAACGACCUCUGGGGCACCCUGGCCCUCCCACCAUGACAGUCACCCAGCGCCCUCCUAGCCCCACAGGCUGCUUCUCUGGAGGUCCAGCCAGGACAAGCCCUAGCUGGAGUCAAUUGCUGUGGGGAGAGGGGGCUGCCAUGCGCCUCCUCCCUCCAUAGGCGCAGCAGCCACCUCAGCCUGCCCCUGGUGACACUCCCUUGUAGCUGGCAGCGGCCACAAGGGAUCGCAGUGCAGAGCUGCAGGGGGCCCAGCGAAGGCAGAGACGCUGGGGGAGGUGUGCAGGGGCAGCAGGCGGGGCCAGGAGAGAGCCCAGGCCCUGAACAUUGGUGGAGUGGGCCCCCCAGCACUGAAUUUGCUGGAGCCUGGGCACCAUGGGCCCCUACAACUUGCAGUCCCUGCUCCUGGUUGUUUUUGUGGAUACAAACUAACAUGGCUACCCCUCUGACACUUGCAGGCACUUAAUUUGCAUUGUUGCGCUUGACUGUCUAUACCCAAGCUGUACCAGCAGUGCGGGGUGCGCCGUCUGUGGGAUGGGUAAACAUGAGCACCCUCUUGUGCACAGCUGGGGAGGGACAGGCUACAGACAGCAGCAGCCAAGCAUGCUGCGUGGAGCUGUACGCAUAAUAACCAGCAAGCAGCGUGCAGAGACACACACAGCAGCGGGCUGCACACUAGUUCCAGGAGGCACCACUGUCCUAGUGGAGCUCACUCCAGAUACUCACAUUUGUGGCAUUUGCAAGCAGCAGUUCAAUAACCUAGAUGCCUUCGUUGCUCACAAGCAAAGCGGCUGCCAGCUGAUCAGUGCAAAUGGAACCACUAGUACAGUCCAGUUUGUCUCAGAAGAAACUGUGCCAUCAACACAGACUCAAACCACAACCAGAACAAUCACUUCAGAGACUCAGACCAUCACAGUUUCUGCUCCAGAGUUUGUUUUUGAGCAUGGCUACCAAACAUAUCUACCCAAUGAGAGCCGUGAACCUCAGACUGCCACUGUUGUCUCCCCAUCAUCAAAAACGCGUUCCAGAAAAUCCACUACUGCAGUUGUCCAAAAGAAAUUGAACUGCUGCUAUCCAGGUUGCCAAUUCAAGACAUCAUAUGGUAUGAAAGAUGUGGAACGUCAUUUAAGAACACACACAGGAGAUAAGCCCCAUAAAUGUGAGGUGUGUAGCAAGUGCUUCAGUCGCAAAGAUAAGCUGAAGAUGCACAUGCGUUCCCAUACUGGGGUGAAACCUUACAAGUGUAAACAGUGUGACUAUGCAGCUGCCGACAACAGCAGUCUCAACAAGCAUCAGCGCAUCCACUCAAAUGAGCGUCCUUUUAAAUGCCAGAUCUGCCCUUAUGCAAGCCGCAACUCUAGCCAGCUUACUGUCCAUCUCAGAUCCCAUACUGGAGAUGCUCCGUUUCAAUGUCGGAUGUGCAGUGCUAAAUUUAAAAUCAACUCGGACUUGAAGAGGCACAUGCGUGUGCACUCUGGAGAGAAGCCUUACAAGUGUGAGUUCUGUGACGUCCGCUGUGCCAUGAAAGGGAACCUGAAAUCACACAUCCGCAUCAAGCACAGCAUGGAGAACACACUCAAGUGUCCAGAGUGCGAGUUCCAGUGCGGAAACAAAACAACCCUUCGGCAUCACUUAAGAACCCAUCAGCCUGAGCAGCCAGUGAAGUGCUCAAAAUGCAACUACUCUUGCUCUAACAAGGCGGCUCUCAAGGUGCAUGAGAGAAUUCACUGUGAGGAUCGCCCUUUCAAAUGUGACUUCUGCAGCUUUGAUACCAAGCAGCGGAGCAAUCUGACCACGCACAUGAAGAAAGCCCAUGCAGACAAAGUCAAGAUCAAAAAGCAAACCUCUGAGAAGAAAGAGGGAGAUAAGUCAAAGCAGGGCAGCUCCAGGCAAGUAGCCAAAUUAGAUGCCAAGAAAGCAUUUAAGUGUGGCCUGUGUGAGGCUUCCUUUGUCCGAGAAGAUUCUCUUAGGAGCCAUAAGAAGCAGCACAGAGAGUAUAAUGGGACCAAAAGUACUGAACUUGCUGUUUUGCAGUUGCACAUGGACCCAAGUAGGCAGACCAGUGCCCCAGUUACAGUAAGUCACCUUCAAGUUCCAAUUCAAGCCACUCAGGUUUCUCCUUACAAUGAAGAAAGGGUCAAGAUCAUUGCUGGCAAUCAAGUGCCUCAAGCUAAUAGAACAGUUCAGGCUGCUUCAGUGAAUGUUAUGCCUCCCACAUUAGUUGGCCAGAAUCAGGAAGACCUAUCUGCGAGUAGCCAGUUGCAAAUACUGCGCCAAGUCAGUCUACUGGCACCGCCUCAUCCCCCUGUUUCUCAAAGCGAAGCUGUGUCAGUGGGGCAGCCGGCAGUUCUUCUUACUGCCCAGGACCAAAGUGACAGCAGUGCUCUCCACCAAACUUUGAUUCCUGCUGCUUCAGUCAGUAGUCACAGGGCUUCAGCAAGCCAAACUUUCAUCAAUGACUCUGGAAUCAGCUGCUCUGACUUGGAAGGGCUCAAUGCUUUGAUUCAAGAAGGGGCAACAGACGUGGCUGUGGUUAGUGAUGGAGGUCAGAGUAUCUCUGUGUCCACUUCAGCUCCCCCUCCUCCCAUCUUUUCCUCAUCCUCUCAUACACAAGCACCUAAGCAGACCUACUCCAUCAUUCAAAGUGGAGCCCAUACAGCUUUGUUGUGUCCUGCAGACUCUAUACCAGAUUAGUUAAAAAACUAGUGCAAAUUCCGCCCUGGAUUGCCUUGUUGAAACCUUGAGGUCAGUGGGAUUUUCAUGACACUUAAGUGAGGGCCAGAUUUUCAGGUGUCCUGAGAUUGGCCUCUGACAUUCCAUUUGCACCACUUUGCACAUACAGUCAUAUGUUGCAUUCUCACAUAUACAUGCAGUGACUUGCACCUGCACACAAGGCUGUGCACAGUUACAUGCAUUGGAAACUAGAUGCUACAGUCUUUGAAAAAUGUGAUCCUGAAUAUCAAAGCAACUGUUUAAAAUUUCACGUUUCAAAAAAACUUCCCAGAGCAGGAUUUACUUUGCGCAGCAAAUGUCUUAUUUAAACAAAAUAGCUUUUUGGCUUGCUUUUUUUUUAAUCAAAUGCAAAGAACAUCUUGCCUUAAGAUACCAUCAUGACAAAUUCCCAUCCCCUGUGAAAAGUCUGAGGGCAGGUUUACACUAUGGGGGAAAGUUGAUCUAAAACACGCAAUUUGAGUUAUGUUAGUAGCGUAACUCAGGUCAAUGUAGCUUAGAUGUACACUUACCAUGGGUUCCAUACUAUGCUUUGUCAAUGGGAGACGCUCUCCCAUUGAUUCCCCCUAGUCUUCUCCAUCUGGUGGAAUACUGAAGCUGACAGGAGAGCGAUCUGUGGUCUAUUUAGCAGGUCUACUAUUUAGAUGAUAAAAAAUUAACAGUAUAUUAAACAACAUUAAGAAUUAAGGCCCCUGAUUGCAGGAUUGGGGUCUAAAUUUGCAGGAUUGGGGUCUAAAUUUGUAAAUGUUGAUUUUUUUUUUUCCAUUUAGAUUCAGAACCAGACUCAUCGGGAUGAAUUGGAGCCAGAUUUUCAAAACUGCUCAGCACACAGCAGCUCCUAAUGUGACAGUUAUCACCAGACUUUUCCAAAAUGCUCAGAGCCCUUCUGGCUGAGUUUUUUGGGAAAAAAAAUCUGGGCAUUGAUUUCAGUGCAUAAAUGGGAGCUGAGAUCUUUUCAGUGUCUGGCCCCUAGAAGCUAAAUGGAGCAUUGACAGAGAGUCUGAGGUCUGAUCUGGUGUCCAUUGAAGUUGAUGGAAAGAACUCCAUUGACUUCUGUAGGAAUUGGAUCAGAUCCUUGGCAGGCUGUUUAGCUAACAGGCUGUAAUGCUCUCAGUAUUCCCAGAACUGUGCACACAUCAUAGUGGCAUCACAACACGUACAUUAAAGAAGGCGGAAUGCGAACCAUAAACCCCUUAAAGGUAUACUAAAAAUUGUAUCUCUGAUAGUUGUGCUAACUUGUCUGCUGGUCCUGGCUGAUUAUUAGUCCCCAAGAAAUGUCCUGCACCACAAAAAUGAUUUGGGGAUUCUGUCUAGAGAUUUGUAGUAAUUGCUAAUUAUAUGAAAAGUCUAUUGAAGUUGAUAGGGUUUGGGGGCACUUAGCACCUUGCUUGAGACACUCGUGCAGAAUCAGGCCCCAAAGUACUUCUCUUAAAACAAUAGAAUGCUGUCUGUGUGUUGGUGAUACUUUGUGUCAUAACAGAUCUUUUAUGCAAAUCAUGUAUACAGCACAAUGCUCUGUAUCAGAAGGGUCCUUUUUUUAAAAAAAAAUACAAUAUAUUUUUCCAAAUACA